AUGAAUAUUGCCUUGUAUUUUUUGACGCUCAUUACUUUGUUUCUUAAGCCAGUUGUGAAUCAACGUGUAACAUUACAUGAUGGAUCACCUUUAUUUGGUCGUGAAAGGUUUGCUGAAAAUGGUAAAUUAGUUACGGAAUUUCUUGGUGUACCAUUUGCAGAACCACCGGUUGGACAAUUAAGGUUCCGAAAACCAAAACCAAAGCAACCAUGGCGAACACCACUUAAUGCUACAAAAAUGCCAAAUGCAUGUAUGCAGAGUAUGGAUACAUAUUUUGGUGAUUUCCAAGGAGCUACCAUGUGGAAUAGUAAUGUACCUGUAUCAGAAGAUUGUCUCUACCUCAAUUUAGUUGUACCAGGACAAAUUAAUCGAAAUGCUCGUUUACCGGUUAUGGUUUGGAUUUAUGGUGGUGGCUUUUGGUCCGGUUGCAUAUCAUUGGAUGUUUAUGAUCCUAAAAUUAUUACUAGCGAAGAGAAUGUGAUAUUUGUGGCAAUGAAUUAUCGUGUCAGUGUAUUUGGCUUUUUAUAUAUGGGUCGAGAAGAAGCACCUGGUAAUAUGGGCCUAUGGGAUCAGCUUCUUGCAUUGAAAUGGGUUCGAAAAAAUAUUGAUUUAUUCGGUGGUGAUCCUAAUCAAGUAACAUUAUUUGGUGAAAGUGCUGGUGCAGCAGCAGUUUCAAUGCAUUUAUUAAGUCCAAAAAGUUCACCAUAUUUUCAACGCGCAAUUGUUCAAAGCGGAAGUGUCACAGCUCCAUGGGCAACCGAAUCUAAAGAUGUAGCAAUUGCACGAUCGAUUGUUUUAUAUGAUGAUAUAGGUUGUGGAAAUAUGUCAAAAAAUCGUGAAAGCUGGGAUCUUGAAAAGGUGUUAAAAUGUUUACUGGAUGCAUCAGCAGAAGCAAUCCGUGAUUCAGAAUGGGCACCAGUAAUGGAAUUUGCUGAUUUUCCUUGGGUUCCGGUAAUUGAUGGUGAUUUCCUGGUUGAAUUACCAGCAACAUCACUUAAACGAGGCAAUUUCAAAGUUUCUGAAUUGCUUAUUGGCUCAAAUUUAGAAGAAGCAAUUUAUUUUAUUGUUUAUCAGUUGGCUGAUAUUUUUCCACCAGGUGAUUUCUUCAUAAAAAAUGAUUUUGUGACAAGUCGUGAAGAAUGGUUACACAGUAUUUCAAAUUUACUACCACGACAAAUGCUUCAAUCUCCAUUAGCAUUAGCAUCAAUUAUUCAUGAAUAUGAGCCAGCUGAUUUACCAAUUAAACCAUCCGAUUGGCUUAAUUCAUUGGACAAAAUGCUUGGUGAUUUACAAUUUACAUGUAAUAGCAAUGAAAUUGCAUUAGCAAAUAGCAUGCAUGGAGGUGAUACUUACUAUUAUUACUUUACACAUCGUUCAACUCAACAAGCAUGGCCUCAAUGGAUGGGUGUUGUGCAUGGUUAUGAGAUAAAUUUUGUAUUUGGUGAACCAUUGAAUACGGAAAAAUUUUCGUAUACUAAAGAAGAACAAGAAUUAAGUAUGAGAUUCAUGCGAUACUGGGCUAAUUUUGCCCGUACCGGAAAUCCGAAUAAAAAUCCGGAUGGAACGUAUACACCGGAUGUAUGGCCACAAUAUACACAAGCAACAAUGGAAUAUAUGAAUUUAACAGUGGAAUCAGAUUAUUAUGCUGGAGCAUCACGUAUUGGUACUGGACCAAGAAGGAAACAAUGUUCAUUCUGGAAGAAAAUUUUACCAAAUUUAAUGGCUGCCGUAGCCGAUACAGGUGAUCAAGUUAUGCGAUGGAAACAGGAAAUGAAUCGUUGGGAGAAUGAAUACAUUGUUGAUUGGCAACUUCACUUCGAACAGUACAAAAAAUAUCAGACAUAUCGAUAUGCUGAUUCGGAAAAUGGUCAAUGCUAA